CAAUGGCUGGAGAUCUCUGAUAAAUGAUGCCUUGAAGUCACUGUCAUCUAACUUCUGUAAUUCAACUCUUGUGUCCAAGUCUUUAAUAAGGUUGGAAGUCCAGCAGUUCAGGCUCACAAAGUAUGAUGCCACGUGCCGUUUAGCACAGGAAAUUGCUGAAAACAUUCAUGAACGUAACGGGCAGAAGAGAACGGGAGUUAAAUGUGAUGAUUCGGGCAUCUCUGCAGAGGCUCCAAGAACAUAUUAACCAGCUGAAAGAUUCUUUGUUGCGAAGUUUGUCAAACCGCCAAAUUACACAGCUUGAAGCAGACAAACGUCAAAACAUGGUGGAUGAUUUGUUAACAAGAGAGCGACAACUUCAAACAUCCUUCAAGAAAGAUGGCAUGGAACCUGACAUAAUGAGGACCAGUCUUAUGAAUACAGAUCCAAAGAGUGGUCUCAUCAAUCUUUGGUUAAUGGAGGAACCAGAAGAAACAAAAGGUCUUGAUUUUAGUGAAAUCAAAUUUCAACAGCAGAGGAUCAUAGAAGAGCAAGAUGCGGGCUUGGAUGCUCUGGCAACAGUGAUAGCGAGACAGAAACAAAUGGGUCAGGAUAUAGGGAAUGAAUUAGAUGAACAAAAUGAAAUCAUUGAUGACCUCACACAUUUAGUGGAUAAAACGGACUCCAGAAUUCAGAAUGAAACAAGACGUGUCAGAUUGGUUGAUAAGAAGUCAACUUCUUGUGGGAUGCUGGUGGUUAUUGUAUUAUUGUUGAUUGCCAUUGUCGUGGUUGCUGUGUGGCCAAUAAAGUAAUCGAGCAAAAAUGGCUCAAACAACACUCUUCAAUGAAUAUGGACUGGAUGCUAAAACUGGACGACGUGUUCUUCUUCAGACCACCAGAGCAAGUUUGAAAUAAGUUUUCUUAUUCAAGCAAUAGAGAACGUUUCAAAUGUGUUUGAUUAAUAUGCUUCCCUUACAAUUAUUUAAUAUUCAAGAUAGACAAUUAAUCAAAGCCAAAACAGAACUCAAUUAUUUCAUUACUUGCAAUAUGAUUUCCACUUCAAAUUAAGAUCUUGCCUUAAAUUCAGAAAUGAUAGUUCUAACUCUUGAGUAGUAUAAUAUCCAAGGGGUGUAAAUAAUGCCUUUGAUUUAUCUUACUGACUGCAUAAGUUCACUUUGUAUUUUUCUCCUCCUAAUAUAUAUAGGGAUACCCAGAACUUCAGUACUUUACAAUUGAUUUCCUUUGCCAAAGCUAAACCAUUGAAAGUAUGUUCAAUGUUCAAAUAAAAUACAUUACAUUUCUGACAUGUUCCUAGAUGAGCAUUAUAAACAUUUUUAAUGCUGCGUUCUGUUGUUUUGUUAACUUGGUUCUCCCAUUCUUUUUAUUAUAUUUCUGAUUGUAAUUUUAUUACCAAAUGAGAUGUGUAUGAUCAUCUAAAAUGCUUCAGUGACCUUGUUAAAUAAGGCAGCUUUUACUCACUCACACGAUUACUCUAUUUUCCCAGGAAAAAUGCUUUUCUCAGUGCCUGCAGGGUCAGCGAAGGGGCUCCUAGUAGGGCACGGGGAGUGUGUGCUAACUCACUGCCUGUAAACAGUGUUACUGUUCACACGCCUUUGUGAAAUUGAAACUUGGAACAAAUUGCUUUUAGUGUGGAAAUUCCAAUCUAACAAAAUAGUAAUUAGAAACCAUUACCUUAUAAUUUCAUGCAGUUGUGUACUUCACACAUUGCGUAUGAUUUUAUACAAUCAUUUGGUAAAAGUAUUCACAAUAUGGUGUAUGAAUAAAUAUUUUCCAACUCUUUUAGCUUGUGUCUUAUGUGUAAUUGGUAACUUUCUUUUCAUUGUGGUCAAAUAUAAAAUUUGAAGAUCACCAGUCUUAAUACCUAGGACCACCAUAGUCUUAUUUUCUUCAUGUUAAAGAGAGUUUCUGUUGUGUGUUCAAGGUAAUAAAACCACAUUUUUAUGUAUCCAUGUCUUUUGAAAUCUUUUGCUCUCUGCAUAUAUCACUUUUAAUAUAAAAAAAUGACAAAUUCUGCAAAAUUCCCUUGCAUCAAAAUAAACCCAAGCAGCUUUCAAAAUGCUUGAAUGAUAAAGCAAACUACAAGUUUCAAUCCUUCUAAGGGAAUUUAAGAUGAUCACAGAAAUGUGGCCCAUCUGUUUACCUACUUAACUGCCUUCAAGGGAAAAAUAACAGAAGAGCAACGAUCCUCUGUAGGCUGAUUCAGUCUGCUGUCAGCAUAUCCGCCAUAGAUCUGGGGAGAUUUGGGGGGAUGGGGGGAGGUGAGUGGAAGCUACCUUGCAAAAUGCAAUGAGAUAACACCAAUGGUUAGUCCAUCAUUUUGAGAGAGUACCAACAGCCUCAUUAAUUCAGUUCAAUUAUGCAGCUUUGCUUCAGUCACCACAAAUCCACAUGACUGAUUUUAAUUUGCUUGGUGACUUUUCUAUUAUGUUACUGGUGUGCAUUUAAGUAAAAUCUGUAGUACUUGUUCAGUCAUAAUAAGGAAACAGUAAUUUUCCUUUCUUCUACUAUGUCAUCUUAGUCAUCAUUUCCAGGGUCAGUGUUUGACCAUACUCCAUUCUGAAACAGAAUGGGGAAUUUCUGUCAAUGGUGAGUACUUCAAUGGUUACAUAGAUACUUUUUUAAAAUGUAAGAGUAAUUGUCUACUGGUAUGAAAUCUGAAGCAUCUGUUAAAUUAUUUGUGAUCUUUGUGAACUUCAACUGAAAAUAUUGUGUAAAUUUGUAAUCUGUAAAUAAUUUUAAAAACAUUCUCCUG